AUGUUCUACGCCCCGUCUCUCACCGACUACACCCUCUACAUCCUCACUGAGCAGCUACGACGCUACGACGGUCAGUACACUGACUACACCCUCUAUAUCCUCACUGAGCAGCUACGACGCUACGACGGUCAGUACACUGACUACACCCUCUACAUCCUCACUGAGCAGCUACGACGGUCAGUACACACUGACUACACCCUCUACAUCCUCACUGAGCAGCUACGACGGUUGAAAGGCUCCGACGCCUCCUGGAAGAACGACCAGGAACCACCACCAGAGGCGUUAGACUUCAGUGAUGAUGAGGCAGAACAGAAGAUGAAAAGGAAGAAGAAGAAGGGGAAUGUUCAGAAGAGUGAGAGAGAAAGAGGACAGAGAGCUGACCAACAACCAGAUAGAGAUUCCGUCACCAGACCACAGAUGUCCCAGAGGCCUUUGCAACAGAGUCGUCCACCCCGCCGUGACAACUGGGGUCCCCCACCCCGAUACGAAGGGGCUCCGUACUACACACACCAGCCCCACUACCCCUACCCUCCCCCCUACCAGCCCCAGUCCUUCCCCCUCUACCCUCCCCCUCCUCCCCCCCACAUGUCCUUCCCCUGGUCCCCUCCCCCCUCUCACCCCUACCACAACCUCCCCUUCUCUCACCUCCCCCCUCCUCCCCCACCGCCCACUGGCCCCUAUCCUCCUCAGUGAGGACACACACACACACACACACACACACACACACACACACACACACACACACACAACAACUCGUGACUGGACACCUCACCUCCUUGACACUCAUCAGCGUUGUUUGACCAAAUCAACACAUUAAAGUAUAUUUUUACUGUCUGCA